CCGGUCUAACGUAUUAUGCAGAUCCGUGCCGGACGUUGUGAAAACGAAAGUAGAUUAUGCCUUCACACCCACACACAGAGCCUUAGGCAACAGGCACGAUGAUUGGGUAUGGAGAGAUAAAGGUUCAUCACAACUGGGCUAUAAAUGCCACUUCACACAGGGAAUGUGCUUUAUUUGAAAGAGUUCCCAGAAGAUGGACAGGGACAUCAAAGAACUUCUGCGACAAAGGAGAAGCCCCAUAGCAAUAAGGAACCAGUUAAGAGGAGGACGGCCCUUCCAUCCCUACAAAAGGAAUGGUGAUGUGGAUCUUAGAGACAGAAAAAUAGGAAAUGCCAGAGGAGGCCCUGGAAGAGGGAGAGGCCAUUAUGGGAUGGGACACGGAACCGGGUUUGCCAAUUAUUCCAAACGGAACUCUUGUGAACAUGCCACCUUCAAUCGUGGAGUCAAGAUGAAUAAGGAAGUUGACCUGACUUGUGUAGGCCAAGUGGACUUGAAGAGAGAAGCAUUACAGGGAGGGUGCUUUGACCAUGCUGUUUGUAGCCAAGGCACUGUCUCACACAGUGGUGUCAAUGAGCGAGCAUCUAGAGUCACUAAUCGCCGUGUUGGUCAUGGGACUCAUUAUGAGAAACAGAAAGGUGACCAAACUGACUUGCAGAGUGACGUGUUAAAAAACAUUGUGAAAGAAGUGCACUUCAGCUGCCUUGACAGCCAUAGCCGAGGCCCUGUCACAGACACCAACAGAGGUGUCCGUGAGAGAGCAUCCAGAAAAGUCUCCACUGAUCGCCGUGUUGCUCAUGGGACUCAUGACAAAAAGAAAGAUAACAUAAUGGACUUGAAGAGUGAAGUCUUCAAAAUGAUUGUGAAGGACCUGCAUCCACCACACCUAGUUGAAGAAGCUGGAUUCAGAGCCUUGUUAAAUGUCCUUAAUCCAUCUGGUCAGAUCCCAUCUAAUGCCUCUUGGGCUCGUUCACAACUUCAAAAAAUGUAUGAAGACAAAAAGGCGGAAGUGAAAAAGGCUUUAAGCUGCUCAGAGUGCAUUGUGUUGACAGCCGAAAUGUGGCAAAGGUCAUCGGAGAACCACCUGACAGUUAGCUGCCACUUUCUGGAUGAGAAAUGGAGGCGGAAAUCCUACAUUCUUGAAACCACACGCCUCUUUAAAGGACACUGCGCUGACAGUAAUGUGGCCAGAAUUGCCAGCACAUGGGGUAUAGACAAGAAGAUUAGCGUUGUCGUAUCCAACUUGGCUAACAUGAAGGAGCCCUUUCAUAAAAGGGGGUGGUUCGACAUGCCCUGUUUUGCCCACAUCCUCAAUGCCAUGUUCGAGACGGCGACUAAAUCUGUCUGGGGAGACCAGUGGAAGGACCUGCUGAAGAAAUGCAACGACAUUUUGGACAACAUUAACGGAGAUCAAGGAGCAGCAAAAACAGUCAAGGAGCAUCAGGUACAUUCAAAAUCAGCAACUAGGCCACUACACUGGCCUGUAGAUGAAAAAUGGCCCUCAACCUUAAAUAUGCUGGAGAGAAUCUUAGAACAAAAUGGCACCAUCAAAGCCAGCCAUAUUAGCCAUGCUGAGAGUGAAAUCUGGAUUAAUGCUGAGGAUGAUAAGAGGAUCAAAGAAGCUGUUGCAGUACUUAGACUGUUUAAAGAUGCCAUGCAACAUCUAGGGAUAGGCUACCAUUCCAUUUCAGAGAUAAUCCCUCUGUUGGUGAAAACUCAUGGCAAACUGACCAAAGUCAGUAGUAAUAUAGGGAAAGAGAUUGCGAAAAAAUGUGAGAGGCGUAUCUUCGAGAUGAAACAGAGCCGCUGGUUGACCUUCAGCACAGUUCUGGACCCAAGAUUCAAAUUGUUUCCAUUUGCUGAUCAACCUGAGAGCAAAAAAGCUGACAUUGUAGAUGAAAUGAAGAAGCUCAACUCACCCGGACAUUGUCAAAAAGGCUCGUCCCGAGGACUACAACAAGACUUUCAAUCAGUCUUAGAAUGUUACCUACAACAGGAGCCUCUGCGUAAACAGAAGAACCCACUUGAAUUCUGGAGAGUUCAAACAAACCUAACUGCUCUGAUCCCACUGGUUCGCAAAUACCUUACAGUGGUUUCCAUAGCGCUUCCGUCUGAGCGUGCCUUUAGACCAGACGUCUACAAAAGACAAAACAUGAAGCGCAGCUGCCUGCAACCAGAAGAUGUCAAUAUGAUGCUCUUUCUGCAAGGAAACCUCACAGUAGGCCACUGAUGCUGCUUUGGCAGGGAAUACCUUACCAAAGGCUAAAUACCCAUCCCUACAAGGAAGGAAAAUCUCACAGUAGCAUAUAAUCUCCCUUCAUGCACUUGUAUUAUGACCGCCGCUAGCGUAGCUAGAGAAGCGGUCAUAUAGCGAUUGUCAAAGUUUUUUUUUCCCGUCAUCUAAUUCUUGGUCAACGAUACCAGGGUCACCGAAACACCAGGCACAUAAAAUUUGGUGGGCAUGUAGCCCACUAGACUUUUACGGAAAUGUUUUGUUUGUUUUUUUCCUAAAUAACUACCUGAACUGUGGCACAGAGGAUGAAGACAUAAGGGCCCACAUCAACCUAGCCCAUAAUCACUUAUUUCUGAUUGCAAUAUUCUGCUUUAAUUGCCCCCAUAUUCCCUUGAGAUGCUCAGAACUGCACAAAAUUUCAUGUGUAUGAUUAACCUGACAUUAUAGGGGUAUGCCAAGUUUCGUGUUAUUUCAUCCAUGGGGGUUAUAAAAUAAAUCAAUUUGUGUGCACAUUUAGUGAUUGUACACUCAUCGGCCUGUAGAUGGUGGUGUUGAGUGAAGGGUGCUUGGACAUGCUUGGUUUUUACUGCAGGUAGGCUACUAAUCUUUCACCAGCUUGAUGUUAUAUCCAUAGGUAAAAUAAUGUUAACGUUUGCAUAAGUUGAUUGAUGGAGGCUAGUUUAAUUGUUGGUGUAGUUGUGAAACAUAAACACGGUUAUACCAAGCAAAUUGGUAACAGCACUGUAAUUGACCGAUCCCAAGCCACGCCCCCUUUUGCUAUGUCACAAUGAGGACUUCGGAGGACCUCGGUCAAUUUUGAAUUUUCUAGUGGCCAUUCGGUAUGACAAUACGCCAGUUAUGCGAAUGCUAUAAUGCUUCUUUUGCGAGUAGCUUAAGUAACUAAAUAACUAAAGAGCUCAAAAAGGUUCAAAGAUAAGCCUGGGAUACUUGUAGAAGUGACAUCCGAUAUCCUGACCGUGUGAAACGUUAACACACAUAGGCCUAACUUUGGAUAGGCUGCUACGUUUCAGUAAAGAAAUCUGAGUGUGUACGAAAAUGUUCCCUUUAUUUGUGUUCAUAACUAGGCUACACACAAAAACAUAACUAAAUCUGGUGAUGAAACGACAACAUAAGCCUACGCAAAAAAAUAUACCUACCUUGCAGGAACUGAACUCGCAUAUUCAUACGAUUGGAAGACGCGCAAAAGAAUACACCUUCAAUCACGUAUCGCCUUACAUACAACAAGAAUACUUUCAGCUUUGCUACCUUGCCAUGUUUAACUUGGGAUAGAAGACUGUUCACAGAAAUAAGCUAAUGAUCAUUUUUUCAACAAACGCAAUAAUAGCCUAUACUGCG